AUGCUUCAGUUUCUAUCAGUGUCAGAUAAUCGCCUUACUGGUGGCAUUCCAUCCUCUCUUUCUCACUUCCAUCAUCUCCAGGUACUCGCUCUGUCUGUUAAUGGAUUCAGUGGUAGGAUACCUCCAGAGAUUGGGAAAUUGCAGCAGCUUAGACUUCUAGCUCUUGGAAAAAAACAAUCUCACAGGAGGGAACAAGCUAACAUGAGGGAUGGUGUUUCUCGCCUCACUGUCGAACUCUUGUGGAGUCUAGAUAUGGGCAACAAUGAGCUUGCAGGAAUAAUACCAUCAGAAAUCGGUAUGCUCGAAAACCUUCAAUCACUAAUCCUGAACAACAACAGAUUACACGGGUCCAUCCCAUGGGAACUUGGUGGGUUAAAAAGGUUGAGCAAGCUAUCCCUUGAAGCGAACAGUCUUUCUGGAUUCACACCUGAUUCCUUGGGAAAUAUCAGCGGGUUGCAACAUUUGCUAUUGGGUGCAAAUGAAUUAUCUGCCAGAAUUCCCAAAACUAUUUGGAGUCUGACUGGCCUUAUUGAGUUAAAUCUGUCAAGAAAUAUUCUUAACGGAUCAUUGCCGUUGAGGAUGGGGAACAUCAAGUCCUUAGACAUUUUGGAUAUGUCAAUGAAUCAGCUAUCAGGUAACAUCCUGAGUGCUUUCAAGGAGCUUCAAAUGCUUAGAUAUCUCGACCUAUCAGAUAAUUCUUUCGAUGGUCUCAUUCCGCAAUCAUUAAGUGAGCUUAUCAGUAUCGAAGCUUUAAACCUUUCGCACAAUAACCUCUCGGGCAUUAUACCAAACUCCUUGGUCAAUCUCCAAUAUCUCAGAAGUAUGGACCUGUCUUUCAACAAGCUGACAGGAAAUGUCCCAGAUGGAGGUGUAUUUUCAAAUCUCAUUGUUGCGUCUGUGUUAGGGAAUGCUGCAUUGUGUGGAGCACCAAGAAUUGGUUUUCCACCUUGUACGACAAAUGAUGUGAGUCCCAGCUCAGCAACAAGAGCCCUUUUGUUUAAUUAUGUCCUUCCUGCUGCUGCAAUCACUGUAAUCUCUUUUGCUUUCUGUUACAUGGUCCUAAUAUUUUUCUUUCGGAGGCAAACCAAUAAUCAAGCUCCUAGCGACACACCAUCUCUUGAUAGUCACAGAUCAAUAUCAUGCCAUCAGCUUGUUCGUGCCACUGAAAACUUCAGCGAGGCGAAUUUACUAGGACGGGUAAGCUUUGGCUCUGUAUACAAAGGAUGUUUAGAUGAUGGGCUCAUCAUCGCAGUAAAGGUUUUGAAUUUGGAAGUUCAGGGAGCUUUAAGGAGCUUCAAUGUAGAAUGUCAUGCUUUGAUCGUGGUUCGUCAUAGAAAUCUUGUUAAAAUUAUCAGCACUUGCUCCCAGUUGAAGUUUCGUGCACUUGUUCUCCAAUUCAUGCCCAAUGGAAGCCUCGAAAGAUGGCUGUAUUCCCACACCUACUGCUUGAACCUACUUGAGAGAAUUAACAUAGCAAUUGAUGUGGCAUCGGCCCUCGAAUAUCUCCACCAUCACUAUUCUCAGAUUGUGCUGCAUUGUGAUCUGAAGCCAAGCAAUGUUGUUAUGAAUGAAGAUAUGACCGCGCACGUGGCUGAUUUUGGCAUUGCAAAAGUAUUGGUUGGUGAUAGCUGGACUGUAACAUCAACAAGCAAGCGAGGAACAAUUGGGCAUAUGGCUCCAGGUUUCAAGACAGCAAAACUGAAGGCAUGA